CACUGACUAUAAAUUAAAACACACUGAUUCUCAGGCUCAUAAAAUUAGAGUGAAAUUCGUUCCCCUGCUUCCUUUUCCUAUUCCAGGGAAACGCAAAUCUUGAAAAGAAAAAAAUCAUGAAAGAGAAUCUCACACCUACUCAGAUGUUCUAAAAUGUAAUACUCGCUGAUGUCAUUUUUAUUAGAAAAGGGAUAUGCGUACACAGCUUCAGAAACCCAGCCCAUAAACUGGGGUGUGGGAGCCGGGAUCCCUCAAACUCUCACCCGACUAGCGUCACCAGGGUGAGAGGUCACGGCUCCUACACGUGCUUCCAGGAGGCUCUGCACACACACAGUGAGGGUAAGCGGGGUGCCACACACGUGCAUUUGUGUGAUACACACACAUGACUUCUCUGCACAGAUAGGAAUCAUACAAUACCUGUGACUUGUUUUGGGCGUUUUUCACUUGAUACUUCCCUGGACGUCUUCCUGGACCAUCACACGCGUCCCUCUCUGUCUCCUCAGCUCUUGCCUGAGAUCCCGUUGCCCCGAGUUUGUGGCCAUCCCCCUCUUGCAUUUGUGCUGCCCGCCUGCAUCACGGCCCCGCGGCUGGUCAGGACAUGGGUGUGAGAGCCGCAGGUUCACACCCCGCGCCACGGCUCCAGGGAGGGGCCCUCCAGCAAGCCAAUCCCCACCCCCAGCACCCCCCACCUCACUGACCCCCCAUCAGUUGUGAGCCCAGCACCAGAGCAGACGGAGGGAAACAGCAACCACACGCCAACCCACGGGGCAGGAAACAUCCAGCUUCGUGCUCCAGCCAAACGUGGAGUCUGAAAACCAUCCCCGAGACUCACCCCAAAGGUGGAGGGGACUCCUGGGGCGACAGUGGGAGCACCGACCACCUGGGUUAAGAGCCCCCCUGUGUUGACCUGUUCCCGGUGAAGGAGUAGAUAUGACGUGAGCACCCAGCGUGGUGGGUGGAUGCCAGCCUCGAGCCUUCUGGGGCUCCAGCGCCCGGCCACCCGCUCAGCCUCGGCUUCCCUGGACGGGGCUCAGGUUCCGGUGCUGAGCCACAGACAAGGUGAUGGCCAGGCCAGGCCCACGCCAGCUCCGUAGGCUUCUCCCCUCAACUGCCCGCGCCCAGACACGGGCAAGGGGACGCCGACCCCCAGACACAGGCGAGGGGACGCCAGCCCCCAGACACGGGUGAGGGGACGCUGGCUGGCCGGAGCCUGACCACGGGCCAGCCCUGCGGUCACAGGCAGCAGCAGCCCACCUGUGACCGGGAGCCUCACCCACCCCGCCAGGGCUCACGCAGCCCCCGGCCCAGGGGCGGUCUGCUUCCAGGGCCCUGCAGGCCCUUGUCAGAGUAGUGGCUUUUCUUCCUCCCUGUCCUGUCCCAUUUGUUUUCAAGCACUUUAAGCACAAAAUCGCAAACAGCUCAAGGAAUCCAUGUUCCCUUCGCCCAGCUUCGCCCACUGUUUCUGUGCUCACACUGGGCCCCAGUUACUGCAGGGUCAUCAUCUCUCCUUCUUAUAACACGCAGACACACGGAAACACGGACAGAGACACACAGACACACACAGAGACACACAGACACACCUAGAGACACACAGACAAUGCCUAGAGACACACAGACACACACAGAGACAUGUCAAGACAGAGACACGGACACAGACACGCGCGCACACACACGCACACAUGCACACACACGGCAGCAGCUGUCGCUAGGCAUGACGGGUGGGUCCCCACAGCACUCUGCUAUUUAAAUCUCAGGUCCUGAAAUAGUAUCCGACCCUCAGCGCUGGAGGCAGCCUGUGCCCAGGAGACCCUUAUCUCACGGGGGACGCGGGGGCGGGGGCUGUCCAGUCGCUGCCCCUGGACACAUGCCAAUGAGCGGCAGAGCCAGCCCAGGCCAGGCCCAGCCCACGUGAGGCAGACCAGGGGCCCCGGUGGGGGGCGUGGCCCCCGCGGGCGCUGGACAGCCUCUGCCUUUUAGGACAAGGAGCGGGGGAGGACCCCGGGGUCCCGCCCCCCUGUGACGGCCGCAGGGGGCCGGCAUGAGCCAGGGUGGGACGCGGUGUCACCGUCGGUGACUGGUGAUCCUGUGUUUCAAGUGACCUCUCGGGAGCCUGAGUUCCUGACCGGACUACAUUGGGAAGGUCUACUGCGGCCCUACUGUUUACACAGGGCCCCGGGAGAAACGUGCUACCCUCUCCUCCUGGGAUGGGCUUGGUCACGCCACCCCUGGGGGCUGGACACGAAGCCGCAGGCGGCCAGUCCUCCAGGCAGCGCUGGGCGGACCCCUGUGAUGGGCAGCUGCUGCAGAGGCCUGGGGUGGGAGCGCGCCGGGGCCGAGGGAGGGCCGGGGCAGCUGCCGCAGAGGACGCGGGGCAGCAGGGCUGCCCGCAAGCCCAGGGCGCGGCCCCUCCGGCGGGCCCACCGCUCAGCUCGCCGCAGGCGUCAGACGUCCGGUGCCGCCCCGCCCGCUGUCUCUGUUUCAGCCGCGGUCACUGCGCCCCUCGGGCCUCAGCACCUUCAUGGCUGGCUUAUCUGAGGCGCCUCGCCCCCCACGUCAGGGUCCGAGGCUGGAGAGGCCCCGCUCCACGAGGCUCUCACGGUGGUCCCUGGGCCGGCAGCCGCUUGCGUUCCGGAAACCCGCCGGAAAAGCAAGUCUCGCGCCCGAGACCAGCCGCUCUGGGUCCUGGGGGCCGAGGCGAACGCGCGAAGGCGUAUUCUGUGCGGGUUCACGGCGCCGCGGUGAACUCAGGGUUCCCAGGAGAAGUCGGCGGACGCGUCCAGCCCCCUCCGCCUGGACCGGAGCAACUCAGCCCGACAUCCGCUCCCAGGCAGUGGGCGUGCGCCCGGCUCGCCAAGGGGCCCACAGCUCUGACACCGCCAGAGAACCCCCAAACGGCCCCUUAAGAGAAGUUCGUGGGCAGCUUCUGAAAAUAGAGCUCUCGCUUCUGCAAAAAUAGAAGUAUGAAAAGAAAGUUGUUCGCAGGCUUGCGUCCAGCCUCAGUGUCUCUGCCCGCUGCGUCUCCAGCACUUUCCCAGCACAGACUUCUCCCCGCAGACUCAGAAGUGCUGGUUUCCGAGGCUCUGCCCGCCACUCCCAGCGUCAGCCACUUAGCAUGUGUCCCGGGCCCACACACAGCCCAGUAAUCCUCGCCCUGUACCGAUCCUCUCCGGGAACGCGCAGCCAGCAGGGGAGGGCUGGGCUGUCUGCCAAAUGACUAACUGCAGAGGCUGGGGCCCCAGCAGGCGGGACGCUUGGACAGCACUCAGCGGACACGCUCAGGGGAGAGUGUCUGGUCUGGACGCGGGGCUGAGACCCCCGCCCCGGGAAUCCUGUGGUGGCACCGGCGGAAGGUGGCCGGGCUGGGGUGCAAGGACCCUGGGGACAGGGCUGCAGUGGGGGGCUCAGGCCCCUCGGUCUCGGGGUUUCUCUGGGAGUGUUUCCGAGGGGCUCAGGAAGGCGGGGCCCAGCAGUGGCCUCAGCCCUCCUCCCUCCAGGCACAGCAAAGUGCACCCACUCCUGCCCUGGGGCCCCCACUCCAUCGUCCCCGCCCCCAUCACUCCCACCCUAGUGAGACCCGGAACCGAGUCUCCCCGGCCAGACCUUCCAGGGCCUGAGUGCCACUGUCCACGGCGGGCAGAGUUCAGAGCUGGGGAUGUUCCCCUGGGGCUGCGUCAGGGCAAGGUGCGGAUGGAGGAACCGACAGAACCACAGAAUAUGGUUCUGUCUCCUUAUGCUUUUUCCUACGUUAUGCAGACAAAGCUCAGUUCAGUUGCUCAGUCGUGUCUGACUCUUUGUGACCCCAUGGACUGCAGCAUGCCAGGCCUCCCUGUCCAUCACCGACUCCCGG